AUGAGAAAUAUCUAUGAAAAUAUUGUGAUACAGUUUUGGGGCAACAGCCUUGCCGCUGUUUUGCAUGUUAUGCAGUGUUCACGUACUAACCACUAUUGUACUGGCUCUUUCACAGGAUGGAGGGUUCAGAGUGCACCUACAUCAGCCCAGUUGCCUGUUUCUUUUCCGGCAAAAAUUACCCCCCCGACCACCAACUGGACUAGCACUCCACAAAACACUGCUGCAGCCACUGCCUCUCCAACCAAUGCCACUCACAGCAACUCAGUGCUCCCAGUUACAGCGUCAGCCCCAACAUCUCCACUUCCCAAGAACAUUUCCAUAGAGCCCAGAGAAGAGGACAUCACCAGCCCAGCUUUGAAUUGGGAAGGUACCAACACAGAUGCCUCACCUCCUGUGUUCUUUUCAACAAGCGGCAGAGUCCACCUAACACCGACACCCGAGGAUCACAGCCCGGGCAUUCAUGAAGCAAGCAUGCCAGCUACAGGGUCACAGUCCCCCAAUGAACCUUCCACACUCAUGUCCCCUCAAGCUCCAGCCUCAUCACCCUCAUCCCCAUUAACCCCACUGCCUGAGGUUUCUUCUGCUUCCCUCCCCACCAACCGCAGCUCUACUGUGACCAGCACCCAGCCAACAGGAACUCCAGCGGCACCAGAGUCCCCGAAGGAAGAGGCCAGUUCUGACCACACAUCCACUUCACCAGCUAUGGUAGAGCCAAUCCCCCAGGAGAAAACACCCCCAACCACUGUGCCAACCAAAGUGAUGUGUGAGCUCAUAGACACCGAGACCACCACCACCUUCCCCAGGGUGAUCAUGCAGGAAGUAGAACACGCACUAAGUUCAGGCAGCAUCGCCGCCAUCACUGUGACCGUCAUUGCCGUGGUGUUGUUGGUGUUUGGGGUUGCAGCGUACCUAAAGAUCAGGCAUUCCUCCUACGGAAGGCUUUUGGACGACCACGACUACGGAUCCUGGGGAAACUACAACAACCCUCUGUAUGAUGACUCCUAACAAAGGAACAUGGCCUGGGACGAGGAAUAACUUUUCUUUAUUUAUAAGUGCUUAUCUAGUAGAAUUAAUAACAAGUACCUGAUAUGCAUUGAACGACAAUCUUAAGCCC